AUGCUAUCUGUUAGAAGAUUCAGUACUUCAACUACACUUUAUAAGCGUAUUCUUCCAGCAGUUGAUGUAUCUCAUAUCACAAGUCCAGGAAAUGGUAGACCUGAAGGGUUUGAAAGAAAUUUCCCAAUAGCAAGAAGACAGAAGGCAUGGGAGAAAACUGGUGAAGAUAAAGAAACGUAUUUUAAGAGAAAACAUGCACAUACACAUGCUAUGCAAAAGAAGAGAGCAGAUGCUGAAUCUAAUGAUUUUAAUGACAUGAAUGAUUUCGAAUCAAGACCAAGACGUGAAAAAAGAGAAGUAUACAGUGGUAUUAGACCUUCACCAUUAUCUGAAUUUAUCUAUGGUACAAAUUCAGUGUUUGCUGCAUUAUCUGCUAAAAGAAGAGAGUAUUUUAGUAGGUUAUUAACCUUCAAUCCAAAACCUGAGGAUCAAGAAAUUAUUGAUUUGGCUAAAAAGGAAAACAUCAGAGUCCAAAGGGCAAAAGAUAAAAAUGAAUUGAAUAUAUUAUCAAAUAAUGGUGUUCAUAAUGGAUUUGUUUUAGAGACUAAGCCAAUGACACCUCAACCUAUUCAUUAUUUAGAUGAAUCCAAUUUUGAAAAAGGUACUUAUAGAAUCAUUGAUGAUGAACUUGGUGAAAAAAUUACAAGGGAAUGCAAAACUGAAAAUCCACAUCCAUUUGGUGUUUACUUGGAUGAAAUUAGUGACCCUCAUAAUGUUGGUGCUAUUAUAAGAUCUGCUUAUUUCCUUGGUGCUGAUUUUGUUGUUGUUUCAAGUAAAAACUGUGCUCCAUUAUCUCCAGUUGUUUCUAAAACAUCUGUGGGUGCAAUUGAAUUUUUGCCAAUCUAUAGUGCAACUUCACCAUUAAGCUUUUUAGACAAAUCAAGAGAAAAAGGUUGGAUAGUGGUUAGUGGUGCAGAAGCUUCACAUCCUACAGAUUCUAAGAUUAAUCAAACAUUGCGUUCUAAAGAAUUUGAAUAUGGUGCAUUGAAUAGUUUAUUAGGUGAAUCCCCAGUUUUAUUAGUUGUUGGUUCUGAAGGUAAAGGUAUUAGAACAACAAUGAAGUUAAGAAGUGAUUACCUUGUUCAAAUUGCUAGUCACCAAAAUGUUAACCCAAUGGUUGAUAGUUUGAAUGUGAGUGUUGCAACAGGACUUUUGAUCCAAAAGAUCAUGGAUAUUUAG